GUUAGGGCGAGCUUCCAGGGGGUUAGUGCAAAGUAUAUGAUGUGAUAAAUCGAAAUCCGUCUCGGUUAAGUCCCUAAAAGCCGAGAAUUGCCCGCCAUCUCGUGUGGUGACAUCGUGUAGUUUCAUCUUACAAGCCUUCAACUUCUACAUAAACUACAUCUCUUGGUAAUGAUUAAUCGCUGGUGAUAUAAUCAUGGUUGAUGCGGCGGGAUGGGCUCCCGCAGCCCUAGGAACUGUGCUGGUGGUUGUCGUUCUCUACUUAUUUCGAGUGAAUCAGCUCUUAAGCGGAACGCCGGAUGAGGUCCGGAAGCUGUCGGGUUCACGCUGGACGCCGGACCAACUCAAGGCAACUUACAAGAGGUUGCAGAACAACCCAAUUGACUACACUGACAAGCUUCCCCCGAAGCUAGAGCGCCGGUAUGUUGUGACAGGAGGGUCGGGGCUCGUUGGCGGCUUCAUUGUGCUGCAGCUUUUAGCUCGAGGCAACCCUCCCGAGAGUAUCCGCAUCAUCGAUAUUCGGAAGACGGAGCGGAACGAUAUGCGCGUAGGCCUAGCCACCAAAGUUGACUUUGUGAAGACGGAUAUCACGUCUCCCGACUCUGUCGAGGCUGCCUUUGCGCUUCCGUGGCAUCCGAGCGUAGCGCAUCUCCCUCUGACCGUGUUCCACACAGCGGCCGUCAUCUUGGCUUCCGAGCGGUCCAAAUUCCAGUACGCCUUUCCGGAAGCCGUCAACGUGACAGGCACAAAGAAUGUAUUGGUAGCCUCCCGUAAAGCCGGUGCGGACAUCUUCAGCUCUACAUCGUCUGGUUCCAUUUCGAUCAAGCCCGUUGAACCGUUUGUUCUACCAUGGGAAUAUUCACCGCGACAUUUCUGGCAGGUCUUGGACGUAAAUGACUUCUAUAUGCCUUUAAGAGAACGCGAGCAGUACUUUGCCAAUUAUCCUGCGUCGAAAGCGGUCGCGGAAAGAUUUGUCUGUGGUGAGAACGGCGAAGACUUUCGCACUGGAUGCAUACGGCCCGCAAAUGGCGUCUAUGGGAACCCCACGGAUAAUACCGUUGGCGACCCUUUAGCCAGAACAGUGUUACCAACCUGGGUACCCCAUAUUGUUCAGAGUUUCGUGCACGGCGCAAAUGUUGCAAUCGCUCAUCUACAGCAUGAAGCCGUGCUUGUUCGGCCCUGGCCAGAAAGCGUUAAACACGCGGGUCGACCAUUCGUAGUAACAGAUCCCAACCCCCCGAUCACGUAUAGCGACUUGUAUACCGCGAUUGGGACAUUAUCCGUACAUCCAUUCCACACGAUAAAAGUACCGCCCGUACUGAUCCUCGUGCUCGCUCACGUAAUCGAGAUUUACGGCGAUCUGCCUCACAAAUAUCCCUUCCUUGGCAAAGUAUUACCGAAGCUCCAAGGUGAUAUAAGACACCUUAAGCCAGGCAUUAUGUCAAUAUGCACGCAUUUGGUUGCAUCGAACCAUGAAGCCGGGAAGCCAGUCUCUCGGGGUGGCUUGGCGUAUUCCGGUGUGCUUACGACGCUUGAAGGGAUGACGUCCGAAAUACUAGAAUGGAAUAGAGAGCACGUCAAUGAUGUCAAGACGAGAAAAGCAUAUACGACAUCGAUUUCUCUGGCAGAGCAGAUCCAGAAACUCUGGGAUAUGGGAGGGAGCUCGGGUUAGGAUUGACGACGAUAUCAUGUAUGCUAGGUGCUGUGAAUCGAGUACGAGAUAAUUUGAGUAACGGUUUAUGCAAACGAUGCGUGACCGUCGUUUACAUAGAACCCGAAAAAUUUACAAUUCAUCGUACCAAACCAAGUGAAAAUGAUUGAUGGAUGAGGGGUGAUGACGACUCAUUAUACUCCAUCUGUGCGGUGGCUUUGCAUGUUUUGCAUUUUGGUAUG